AUUUGUCUUACUGGCUGAAAGGCAGCCAGAAUCAGAGAACAGCCUUUAUAACUGCUUCGUAGCCUCGCACACGGAGGUCACUAACUUGGCAUGUUCACUACAAUACGGACGCAUCGUGUCCGGGCGCUUCUCCAAUUCGAUACUUCGCACACUAAACCCAACACCUGUCGCUAGACAUGGCCAACGCGCUGACUCAAGAACACAUCGCCCUCAUAACAUGGCACUCCCUAGUCUCCCGCAGCAUAAAAGCCUGGGACUCUCUCCACCUGUCCGCCCUCGCCACCAAACCCCAGCCCGCCGCAAUCCUCCAAAUGUGCACCACCCUCGACGACUUCCUAGACCAGUCUUCCGGCGUUGGGUUACACUUCUGGUUCGUGCAGCUUCGCUCCGCCUUCCUCAGACAAUCCAAAAUCCCAAAAUGGAGCCGCGACCGGUUGAACGAAUACGUCCUUCUCCCCGCCUCUCCUGGCUUCGUCAGCAGACAAGACGUCUUCUUCGCAAGCCAUUACUGGACCCGGCCAGACGAUCCAGACCCCGACAGAACGUACCUACAGUUCGUCCAGCACGAGCUCGCGCAGCAGCAAUGGUCGUACAUCUGGGUGGACUGGACGUGUGCGCCGCAGGCACCGCGCACACCCAGCGAGGAAAAGUACUUUGGAAAAGCGUUGGGGAUGAUGAGCGGGUUGAUACGCAAUUGCGGGUUCAUGUAUUAUUACGAGGGUUGGCGGCCGCGGCUGUGGGUGCUGUAUGAGAUUGCCGAGUACCUCUUGACCGCGACCGACAGCUACGGUGCAGAGACGGAGGAUAUCCAGGUGUUCGCGCAGCAUGUGUGCGAGAUGAAAGAGGGCAGUGUCAAAGACCUGAUUGAGAAGUACGGCUACGCAUGCGAGGUUCCGGGAGAUAGGGUGUUUCUGCUGGCGUGGCUCGAGUUCCUCGUCCUCCUGCACAAGCUGCGCCUCGGCCUCGUAAAGAUCCGCUCGAUCAUGGACCUUUUGACAUGGCAGCCCACCGUCGAGGCCCACAAAUUCGCGAUGCCGGGGGGUUGGCUUGAGCUGAGAAAGUUCGAGGGUGUGUUGGUGUAUCGCGGGCACGAGUACUGCUUCACGCCGUUUCCGCAUUGGGGUAUGCAUCGACCUUUGAGAAAGUAUCCACAGGGUGUAGAGUGAGGGAAACGCUCUGAGAGCAGGACAUCGUAGGAGGCGGGGAAGGUUGCAUUUUUAGAAGAAAUGGCGCAAAUGCAAGACAUGCAUUAGAUCUGGAUAGUGCGCUUGCCAGCGCAUCACGGUAUGGUACGGGAAGAACUGAACGUUGUUACGCAAGCCCGAUCUAC